UUUGCAGUUUAUUUCUAAUUUUAUUAAUAAACUGAUAUGUAGUCAUGGAUGAGACAAGCAUCGAUCACCAUCUGUCAAUGUGGAACCCUGUAAACAGAAAGAAAUCUUACAAGAAGUGGCCUUUUAACAGCAAAUCAUCCUGUACUAUAACAAAAAUGACAGCUGCUGGUUUUUAUCACGUUCCUGAUCCUGUCGAAAAGGACACAGCGAGAUGUUUCUACUGCUGUCGCACUAUAUGUGGUUUUGAGGAGGGCGAUGAUCCUGUGGAGGAGCAUUUGAGACGAACCAAAGACUGCAAAUAUGCAAAGUAUGGUAACAUCAAGGACCUCCAAUCCUCCCUCACAUUGUUUGAAUAUUCUCAGUAUGAGGCUGAGCGCAAGGACAAUUAUAUUAGUUACAUGCGGAAAAACAAUCCUGAUUUAAAAAGGGACAGGAGCCCUAGCCCAGAAAACGUUUCAGAAAACGUUUCAAAUUCUCGAAAAAGGGUCCGGGUUUCUUUAACUAAGAAUUCGUGCCUGUAUUUUAAAUCCAACUCGUCCCUCGACAAUCCUGCACCUUUUGAAGCUGAAAAGGAGCCUGCUAAAAGUAUUUAUACCCCACCUGCUCCAGCCCCAAAUCAAGAGGUAUCAGACGCAAGAAGACAUCAAAUAUCAGAUAUCACAAAAAGAAUAUCUUUAUGAGGAUCUGAAAGAAAACAUCGAAAACAUUAAAGUUUGAAACAGAAGACGAAAAUGUGGCACAACUCAGUUAUUCUUAUUGCCCAUUAAAUUGAUCGAAAUUAAGGUGGUGGAUUGUAACUGACAGUUAAUGACUGCACAUAAUCAUUCAUUAGUUUGUUUUCAAUAGUAGAGUUAGUUCAAUGAACUGUAUAAGUUAGUUAAUGCAUAAUUGAUACUACCGUUUUUUGACUCGCGAAAUUGAAAAGGUAGACUGUUUUGACUCAUGACAAUUUUUGACGAUUUUUUUUGGUUAAACCAUUGGAUUAAUUUCAUAGCGACUCUGUGCACUGAAGCUUUGAUUUUUAGGGCUAUCAUUUUUAGGGCUAUCAUUUUUAGGGCUAUCAUUUUUAGGGCUAUCAUUUUUAGGGCUAUCAUUUUUAGGGCUAUCAUUUUUAGGGCUAUCAUUUUUAGAGCUAUCUUUUUUAGGGCUAUAACUCUUAUUGCUCUGUGAAUAGCAGUAAACGUUCUUAACUUAUACUCACUUUUAAAAGUUCAGUUAGAAUGUGUACGAUCUAUAUAAAGUGUCUUUGGUAUGCCUCAAUUAUCAAAAUGUAGAUCAACCGUAUCCAUCAGUAUUCAGCCAUUAUUUCGUUGUUUAGUGUUAAAAGUUGAUAAAACUACUGUCUCUAGCGUGCCUCUACAAAGAAAAUGACAAAAUUUGACUUGUAAUGAUCGAAUUUAAGACUGAAAAUCUUUGACUGACCAUUAUUUAUAUUCUGUAUUACGUUCUUAAAUUAUGAUCAAGAUUUUUAUGUAUUGAAUUAAUGAAGAACUGACUGUUUGCUAAAUCCAAACACUCUGACAUAAACGUAAGCCAACUUCGUAAGUCGUGAUGCUGUAGAGUUAUUUGGCAUUAGUUGAUAUAAUAUUUUACCGUAUAUA